CAACACUAGUACUUAACAUGUGCUGUUGAGUUCACACAGUUAACUCGUGGCUCGUGGCAGUCCAGAACAGUAACUACAAACAGGUGAACAUUCUUGACACCGAGCGAAAAAUGAUUCACACUGCGCAGCAUCUUUCCAGGGUGUUAAGUACUGUUUCUUGAAAUUUCAUUAACCCCGGAAGCGGUUGAUGCUCCAUUUCACAUCUACCGCUUAACGCCUUGACGCCGAUGAGAACAACUAAUAUUACAACAAUAACAAAGGGGACCACGCAGUAGAAGCCUUGGCAACGAAGAUUGUUGUGUUGUUAUGUGAAGAACAUCUGAAGACGUUGUGGCAAUUCUAGUUCUAUUCCUCGCUAUAAUUUAAAAUUGUUAGGGAACAACUUUCUAAGAAGCAAAAUUUCGCUCGGUGGACUUAUUAGUUAGUUUGAACGAGUAAAAAUGCAAAACAGUGAAUUUGUAAUGCUUGAAUGCUUAUGUUUCUUUACAUCCACGGACCACAUGAUAUAAUUACUCUAAUUUGACAAGAUAUGCACGUCCGAAGCUGAUUAGACUUGAUAGGGGUAAAGAAACACAGCAUAAAUAUGAGACACCCCUCAGGCUCGCGUUAUAAAAUAGAAACAUUGCCGAAGGAGAUACUGUGGUUCAGUCAAAUGUUUGGGGGGUUUCCAAUAAAAUACGCGAUAGACGCAAAUGGCAAUAGGAGAUUAAAAUUUUCCCCAUUAGUGUUUUCGUGGGGCGUGAUUGUUGUCAUAGUGCAAUCAGUGGUGCUGAUGAUGUGGCUCGGAAUGAUCUACAAGGAGGCCUUCUCCGGACUGAAAGUGGAAGUCGUGAGCAAUACCACACUGCUGGUGGUGACUUUGGAUGUCCUCUCCCUGACUUUGAUGAUACUUGUAGUAUUUGCCAGCUACUUGAGGAAGUUCAAGACGUUCAUUGCCGUGUGCGAGCUACUGGAGAAGGUCGAUGAGAGUCUGCAACAGAAGAUGUACGGGUUCAGAACCAGACUGCGGGUACUGAUCAUCUUCCUGUUCACGGUGAUAAUUCUGACAUACUCCGCCAUUACCGAGUACAAGAGGCCUUUGUUCCAAGAAAUCAAGUUGCUGGAGGUCUUCAGAUCGGUGAUAAGCCAUAUUCCCAUAGUAAAUGUGUACUGCACUCAAUCGGCUCUCUUUGUCCACUUCACGUACAUCACAAACACUAUUGCCAAGAGAUUCAAGAUCAACAACGCCAGAAUUAAGCAGGAAGUGACCAGGAGGUGUCUGAUAAAUCAAUGUCUGCCCAGUGAAGAAACAAAGUCAAGUCCAUUAGACGAUUCGUCUAAAUGUGAACUGAAGGUGCUAGUAGACAACUACUGGCUUCUCUGCGACGCGGUUCAUCUAGCCAACGACUUCUACUGUGACCAACUCCUCGUUACCGUCCUGUCAUCGUUUUGUCACAUCACAAUCGCUCUCUACUACCUCAUCGUCCACAUAACUACGGGUGACUCCAUGUACAUCACCAACGACGGUGCUUGGGUCCUGUUUCACAUCCUACACCUUAUUCUGCUAAUCCGUCCUAGUACAGAAGUUACGGAGUCUGCGGAGGCGACCGCUCCAACAGUGUGCAAGCUGAUAAACAUGUGUACGGACUCAACAUUGACACGACAGCUGGAAUCAUUUUUGCUACAGCUGCCCAACCACAAUGCACGGUUUUGUGCACUUGGCUUUUUUGAUCUCAACAAUGAAACUCUAACCUCGAUGGCUGGAGUGGUGACUACUUACGUGGUAAUUCUCUUCCAGUUCCAGUCGCAGAACCAGACUUUAUGAAUGGAUACACAGGCGUUUACAAACUGGAUAUAAAAGUCGUCUUCUCAGAUUGUAGAUUGAUGCAGAACACUUUAUGUCUUUGGGAAUUUAUUAGGACUAAAUCGAUGCUGUAUUAUUGGGUGAGACACUGAUAGAAAUUCAUAAAUAUAGGUCCUUAUCUAAAAUGGUACAAUUUUCCUACUUACUGAUUAAAAACAUCGAGGAUAACUCAUAUUCAUAUCUAAAUUAAAUAUUUUGAAAAUGUUUAAAAAACUGCAAUUUGUUACUCGAGUUUCAGAAAAGGUCAUGUUUAAUAUUUAAAACCAUUAAAUUUUAAAUACAGGGUUUGCAAAACUUUAAAGUCACUAAGUAUGUUAAACUCAAAAGUAGAAUGAAAGAUAAUAUGUACAUUUUUAUGACGGUUGUCUUAUAAAUUUUUACUCUAUAGAGACAUAUACUGUUAUUAUAAUAAAGACGCAUUUAAAAAAUUA